AUGAGUUUCUUUGAUAAUCUUUAUAUUGCUGGUGGUAGUGGUAAAGAAAUAGAAAAACAGAAGGUUGAAUAUGUUCCAACUGAUACAUUAACUAUUAUACCUAAUGCAACAAAUUAUCAACCAGAUGAUACAUGUGAAUUAUUAAUCUUAGCACCUUUUAGUCCAGCUAAUGGUUUAGUUAUAUUUGAUUGUGAAGGUCAAAUUUCACAACCAAUACAAUUUCACAUGGAACCUGAAAAAGAUUCAACAACUGUUGAAUUUAAAAUAUCAAAAGAUUGGAUACCAGGAUUUACUGUUCGUGUUGAAUUAACAGGUUUCUUUCCAAGAGAAACAGAAAUGGUUAAUUCAUCAAAUCGUCCAGCAAUUGCUAUUGGUACAGUAUCAUUAGAAGUCUCAAGAGAUUUGUAUAAACUAAAUGUAUUAGUUAAUACAAAAGAAACAAAUAAAACAUAUACACCAUCAUCAAUCAUCCGAAUAGAUGUUAAUGUUACACAAUAUACAGAUAAAGUACCUGUAGACAAAGCAGAAGUUUGUCUAAUUGUUGUUGAUGAAGCUAUUUUAUCAUUAACUGAUCAUAAAUUAACGAAUCCAUUGGAUAUAUUUUAUCCUAAUCGACCAGCAAAUAUUACAGAAUAUCACGGUAGAAAUCGUUGUUUAUUAUUCAAUAUGCAAGACAUAGAACAAUUCAAGAAAGAUUUGCAACAAAAACAAGAUGAAAAUGUCCGGUUCGCACCAUUCGCGAUGAGAAGUAGGAAGAUGCAGUUGCAUAGAGCUGUGCCAACGGCUUGUUCAAGUAGGAGUUUACAUGGGGCUGGUAGUGGUGAACAAAAAAUAGCGGUUCGAUCGAAUUUUAAUCCAUUACCAUGUUGGGUACCAUCAUCAAUUACUAAUUCAUCAGGACAUGUUACAUUUGAAUUUAAAUUACCUGAUAGUUUAACACGCUAUCGUGUAUGGGCCAUAGCAACAAAUGAUAAACAAUAUGGUUUAGGUGAAAUGUCAUUUACUGUUCAAUUACCAAUUAUGAUUCGACCUUCACCACCAAGAUUUCUUAAUUAUGGAGAUACAGCUCAUUUUUCAGUUGUUUUACAAAAUCAAACUGAUUUAGCAUUAUUAUUACAUGCUGGUUUAAAAGCAACUAAUGCAAAAUUAAUAGCACCAGAAGAAAAUCAACAAGUAGUUGGUUAUGAAAUUCAACUUCAACCAAGUAAACGAGCUGCACUUACAUUUCCAAUAUCGACAAUUCAUGCAGGCACAGCUCGAUUUCAAUUUAUAGUCAGUACUGCCGCAAAUGAAUCACAAACAUCAUUUGGUGAUGCAAUUGAAUUAAGUGUACCUGUCUUCACACCAGCAACAUCUGAAGCCUUUGCAACAUAUGGUGAUAUAUGUGAAGAAGAAGUUGUUUUCCAACC